AUGGUCAAAUCAGGAUUGGGGAUCGUUGCAAGGAACUGGUGCGGGGCGAUAGUGAAAGCGAAGGGAAUUACUGAGAGGAGGAAAGGAGAAGCAGCCACAGAGGAAACUCUAGCAAUCAGAGGUGCGCUGGAAAUGGCUCAAGGUGUAGGAUGGACAAACAUAGAAGUCCAAUCUGACUGCAAGUAUGUUGUGAGCCUCAUCAAUACGGACAAUGUUCAGGAAUAUAGACUCCAAACACUCCUGGAUGACAUUGAUCUCCUAAAGAAAAGAUUUGAAAGUUGCACUUUCUCUUUUGUUCCCAGAACUGCUAAUAGUUGUGGGCAUGAAUUGGCUCAAUUCGCAAUCAAGGCAACUAGAAGUUUCGAAUGGGAUGGUACAUUCCCAACUUGGCUUUCAGCUUUAGCUAGGAAAGAUAUGGGGGUAGUUACCCCUUUUUGUAAUUAG